AUGCCGGAUUUUGAGCUCCAUUUUGCGACGGUGAGGCACGCAUCGAACCGGCCUCAUGUUGUCCUUGCCCUUGCCCUUGCAGAGAGCAGUCCAUUAUUUGGGGGUCGAGGCAGGGGAGGAGGGGGAUCCACAUCGUCGGCCGGCUCGGAUGGCAUGAGCAACAAUGGCUCGACGGAUGGGAUGUUCCUGGCCGAGGGGGAUCCCGCCACGGGGAUCUCCCUCAGGGCUGCCACCCUUCACUCCCUCGUCUCCAAAUGCAUCGAAUCCUUCGACCUGGGCGGACUCCGGAGCCCCGAACAAGCGGCCCUCCCUCAGCUAGUGUUCCAGAUGCACAAGUGGUUCGCCUCGUCCGAUGUCCUCGCCAAGGCCUUCGUGAGCCGGUACCACAACCACGCGCAGAAGUGCCGGCCCGGCUGCCCGCACACCGUCUCGGAACUCCCCGCUUGCAACGUCUAUCGACAUCGGAUGCGCAUCUGUUACGCUCUCAGGUUUUGGAUCCGGUCGUUCCCCCUGCAGUUCGCCACGGACCAUCGACUCUGUUGUCUCCUUCAGGAGUUUGGGAGUUCCCUCCAGAGCGCGGGCGCUCACGAACUCGCCGAUCUCGUCGACGUGUCCAAGAUCCCAUCCUACGACUGGAUGCGGAUGAUGUCGGUGCGGAACCCGGGCGGGAUGAAGCCGUCGAGGAAGGUCUCCCUGGUGUUCAACCACCUGGAGCCGGACGAGCUGGCGGAGCACCUCACCUUCCUCGACUUCAAGGUCAUCCGCCGGAUCAGCUUCCAGGAGUACCGGAACUACACGGUGAUGGGCUCCAUGCGGGAGAGCCCCCGGCUGGAGCGCAGCAUCGCGCUCUUCAACGGCCUGUCCCAGUGGACCCAGUGCAUGGUCCUGUCCCGGUCCACGCCCCAGCAACGGGCGGAUGUCAUCACCAAGUUCGUCUACGUCGCCAAGAAACUGCGGGAGCUGCAGAACUUCAACUCCCUGAUGGCGGUGGUGGGCGGGCUGAGCCACAGUGCCCUGGCCCGACUGAGCCGGACCACCGCCUGCAUCUCCCCCGAGACCCAGAAGCAGCUCGGGGACCUGUCCGACCUUCUCUCCUCGGCGGCCAACUUCUCCAACUACCGGAAGGCCCUGCAGGAGGCGAAGGGGUUCCACAUCCCCAUCCUGGGAGUGCACUUGAAGGACCUGAUCCAGAUGCAUGUGGCGCUGCCGGAUUCUGUGAAUGGGGAUCCGGAGCUGAUCAACAUUCGGAAGGUGGCUCAGUUAUCUCUGGUCUUCCAGCAACUGCUCUCUCUCCAAAAUGCCUCUCUCCCCAUCGACGUCAACAUGGAUCUCGUCAACACCCUUCGGCUAUCUCUGGACAUCGCCUACACGGAAGACGAUAUCUACGAACUGUCCCUAGCCCGAGAGCCUAGGAAUUCCAGCUCGCCGCAGGCGUCCCCGACGCGCCCGCCCGUGUUCGCCGAGUGGGUCUCGGGCGUGUGCAGCCGCCCGGACCCAGGCACGAUCGAGAAGCACGUCUCGGCCAUGGUGGAGGCCGUGUUCAAGACCUACGACACGGACCGGGACGGGUACAUCUCCCAGCUGGAGUUCCAGUCCGUCGCGGGGAACUUUCCCUUCAUCGACUCCUUCUGCGUCCUCGAUGCCGAUCAGGACGGUAUGAUCAGCAAGUCGGAGAUGCAGAGUUACUUCCUUCGGGCGAACUUCAGCCACGCCCUGAGGGGAAGCUUCCGGCAUCAGUUCCAGGAGACGACCUACUUCAAGCCCACGUUUUGCUCGCAUUGCACGGGACUGCUGUGGGGGCUGGUGAAGCAGGGGUACAAGUGUAAGGACUGUGGCAUCAAUGCGCACAAGCAUUGCAAGGAUCUCGCCGUCCUCGAGUGUCGAAAGAGGGAUCCCAACUCUCAAGACAUCUUCGGGAUGGGAGCGAAGCCCGGCCGACUGAAGCGACGAGUGGGUCGAGCGAAGCUGAACAGCGGCAGCGACGGGGAGAGCCCCCCGAGCCCCGUGCCCAAGUCCCACCACAACUCCUGCCCCCAGUGCCACCACCGGAAGACGUCCUCGUCCAACACGCUCUCGGUGGAGGAGUCCGCGCAGUGCCCCCGCGUGAGGAAGAACUCCCUUUCCAAACUCAUGACCGAGCUGUUCAACGAGGUGAGGAAGCCCUCCCUCUCGAACGAGUGUCGGUGCACGUGCAACCAGGGUCGCCCGGCCGCGGCGUCGACCAAGCCGAUCCCGGUGAUCCAGGUCCCGGAGCGAACGGACCUGAACCCCGGCUCCCACAGUUACCCCGGCUCCUCGACGGGUCACCCCCUCGUCCCGCAUUCGUGCAAUCACGGGAAUCACUCGGACAGCGUGGACAGCCUCGACUCCGAUCCCGAUCCGAAGCACGAUCAGGAACUCGAACACUGACGCGAAGCACAACGACAGAAAGGAUCGAGUGACGAUCGAUGAGCUCAUCGGGCCAUCGAUGAGCUCGUCGGGCGGGACCACGCGAAGUGACGAGAGGAUGAGUGAGAGAUGUUUCAUUCGAGCAAUAACCCCGGUGGUUUUUCUUCUCGAACAAAAACAAAAACUGAAGAGGAGAUUUGAAUCCGCAACAAUUAAUUUAUUGUUGAUUGCGCCCAGUGUGUUCAGUUAACGCAGACGAUGAGAGCCAGCAAUGCAUAUCACCCUCCCUCGUUAUGCAUGAUGACAAAAUUCCCUCCUGCAAACUCGCAAACUUCCAACUGCACCUCGGAACAGUCAGCUUUAUGUUCAUUUUUUGCUAUGCAAUAAUCGAACCUAUUUUCCCGAUUUCCCCCACUAUGCACGAGGAAAGGACUCAGGUAUCCGAGGGGAAAUCGCUAAUGAAGACUACUAAUUGAGAGGAAAUCACAAAUUAAGGGGGGAAAAGCGAUGGAGCUUUACGCAUUUUUAUUUUUAUUAUUUAUUCCUGGCGCUUUCUCAGGAAAAACUCACGAAAAUUCGCCGUGAAAUUCGUCAUUCCGACCGUGGGAAAAAAGUUUAAUUGGCAAUUCAAGAGCUUCGGCAUUGCAAAUUCAUGGAUCUCGGCUGUCUGUGCUUUCUCUUUUCUCGCUUCUAGUCGUCGUUGGAAAAAAAUGGUUUUUUUUUUUUGCAAAAAUCCCGUCGUGAAGUGUGCGAGAAAAUCACCCCAUACGUGUGGCUGUCGUCGGUGUAGCUUUGCAAAUUUCUUGCCAGCCCUUCCUGUGAUAUAGAGAUCUGACCUUCGAGAAAAUGCAAAAAAACAGCGCAUCGCGGUCGUAUUUUUUUCGCUAAAUCCAAUUCAGCGGUAUAACGGUUCGAGGUCACGUAGGAUCCCCCGACUGGUCAGGGUUGUGAUAAUUCGUGGAUAACAGCCGAUUGUUUAUUUAAAACAAAUGUACUUGAAAUGACCAAAUCUCGCCAGUUUUGCCAAGAAAAAAAUCCCCACCGGAUGAAUUUUGAAUUUUUAUUCCCGGAUUUCCGCAAAACUUCUAGCACAUAUCAACCCCGCUUGUAUCCUGGACAUAUCCAAUUUUUUUUUGGUUUUGCUUUAACUCCCCGUAGAAUCUCAAAAGUUUUUAAUUUUUUUUUUGCUCAAGGACGGAACAUCGCAUUGAUCUCCGAAGGAAUUCCAAAGAACGGUGUGUGCAUGAACCACCCUGCAAAAAAAUUUCGCUUUGAAAAUAUUUGGCGGGAAUUCUAGACAGUCGAGAAUUCUUGUUGUAUCUGUGAUAAAUCUGCGGUGAGAAAGAGGCAAAAAAUGCUGUUCGAACCACUUUCUUCUUGCAAAAAAAAAAUGUUGUUCCCUGUCUCUCUCUUUUUUUCGCCGAUGUGAGCGGAACUACAAAGAUGGGUGUCUGCAAUGAAAUGAUUUGUGACAGAUUUAUAAGGAAGAAAAUAUCUAAACCAGA